UAUACAUAUGUAUAUAUACAUAAGCUAAACCGCUGAUAAAACAUUAUCUGCAAAAUAACAAAACACAAGAGCCAUUAUGAAGCUUCUGGUAUUAGUUCUUACUUUAAUCGCUGCCAAUUUAAUCGUCCUACAGCAAAGUACAGCCACCGACGUUGGCGUUGAUUGUUCCACAGUGCCUGAUGGUUACUACGAGAUAAGCUGCAAGAGUUUCGUUCAAUGUAAAAAUGGCAAGAAGUAUCAACAUUACUGUAAAGGAAACACUGUCCUCGAUAAAAGAGACAUGAAGUGUAAAGAUCCUGACGAUGUACCUAAACCAUGUGGAGAAUACAGAGACUGCAGUAAGCGUAAAGAUGGUCGUUAUCCAGAUCUUGAUAACAAAUGCAAAUCUUACUUUACCUGUGAGAAUGGUCACUUUAUGGGACACAAUCUAUGCCCGGCCGGUCUCGUCUUCUCCAAGAAGUUACAACUGUGCGACUGGCCCUACAAUGUAAAACCGCCGUGUGGAACAAAGCAAUAGCUUUCAUACUUUAUAAAGCUCGAAGUGAAUUGAAGCUAUGAUGUAUUUUUAAUUAUGCCUCAAUAAAGAAUAUAAAACGAG